AUGUAUUCUGAAGUGGGCAAUACAUCGUUAGAUGGUGCAUCGCACGAAAAAGCUGGUUCCUCCAACGUUGAAGCGUUGCGUGAGGUGACCGCUCCGGCGCACGUAGAGGCCAGCGUAUCGCCUAACGUAACACUGCUAAUUCAGAUAGAUUAUUCCUUUUGUCACCGUUUAAACUUAAUGAUGGAGCAGCAACACUUGUUGACCAAUUACCACGCGAUGGUCACAGGUCAUCUCACAGACGAUGAGAUUGAUCACGAGUUGCAAGUCCGAGGUGCAGAUAUGAUAAACGAAUCCCGCAGUAAACAAGAACGAACGCUGCGUGGCUUCCUAAAAGCAGAAAGAGAAAACCCGAAUGUGACUCAUAGAAAGUGUUGGACAUCGUUGACUGGAGAAUGGAAAUGUUGUGAGGAAAAAUUAUCGGAAAUAAAAUCUCAUUUAGAAGACAGAACUCGUAAAAAGGUCCCUGACCAAGCUUUCAGAACAAGGAUAAUUCAUAUCUUCUUUCGUAUGAUGCGGUUGCAAACCCAUGCAAAAGAAGAGAAAGACUUGAACAGUAUAGCAAUCAUUGCGGGAGAGUGUAUGAAACUUUUGAACGAAUUUUUCUCAAUCACCUCUCCGUUGCAAGAAGUGAGAGAAGCAGAAAUAGCAAUGCUGAAUGAAAGCUUGCGAAGACUUAGAAACGAGGAAAAUGUAGAAAUAGAAGAAGAGUUGGAUAGAACAGGAAAUGUAGAAACGGAAAGAAUUGAACCAGAAAUUGAUACGGAACAGAAUAAUGUUGAACAAGAGGAAAUAUUAGUUGACGUUGAGCGAGAGGAAGAAAAUAGUACGAGAGUGGCAUUCCUAACGACAGAAAAUAAUCGCCUGAAGGAUGCGGUUGAACAAUUACUUCGUCGUAUUGAGGCUCUAGAAAAGAAUAAAAGUGCGUCGCAAAAAGCAGCGACAAAUGAUAAAGAAGAAUCGGUUAACAGUACUCAUGUGGAGGGGAAGGCGGAUCAGAUUGAUAAAGAGUCGGGAAAACAGGAAAGUUUUGUAGACUGGAUUAAGAAAAGAUGUAGUUCGUUAGAAAAUGUGGGUGCAAUAAGAAACGAGUCAAUAGAAAGAGAAGAAAGGCGAGAGAAAGAAGGUAGAUCCAAUCACAAUCGGUUCCCGGUUUAUAAGUGGUCAGUUAGAUACGAUGGUUUAGACAAUGGUAGGAGAUUAAACGAGUUCCUUAAAGAGGUCGAGUUCAAUGCAAGGUCAGAAGGCUUUUCCGACCGUGAACUGUUCUUAUCUGCUCAUCAUUUGUUUACAAGAAAGGCUAGGAGUUGGUUUAUGGAAGUGAAUGGGAAUAACGAGUUAGAAUCUUGGGAAAAUAUAGUUCGGGAGUUAAAAAACGAGUUUUUACCUGUAGAUAUCGAUUAUCAAUACGAAAGCCGAAUAAACGCGCGCAAACAGGGUCCAAGGGAGAAAUUCCAAGAUUACUAUCUUGACAUGGUGCGAAUUUUCCGGAGUAUGUCCAAACCGUGGGAUGAGGACCGUAAAUUCGACAUGUUGUUUAGGAACACCAGGGAAGAUUGCAAAAUAGCUAUGCUAGGUGCCAAUAUUACGACGAUACCUAAAAUGAGAGAGUUUGGGAAAAGAUUCGAUGCGAUUAAUUGGCAACAAUAUCAACGAAGAGAUAACAGAUACGGGCAAAGAGCACAGGUUGAAGAGAUAGUGGAAAGAGCUAGGGGUAGUCAAAGACAAAGCAAUUAUUCUAAUGAUCGAUUCGGGGGUCAAAGGGGAAAUUUCCAGGAGAGAAAUUUUCUACAACGUCCCUAUCAACAGAAUUUUUCUGGUAACUACCCUAGCAAAAAUAAGUUUCGUGAUAACCAGAACGAUUUUCAAAAAGCAGUGGGAGAAGAAAAACUUUUGAAACGACAGGGUUCAAAAUCUGACUUUAAUACCAAAGCAAAUAGCCACACUCAAGAAGCUAGAGCAGGUCCUAGUGGAACUAAUGCGCUUCAAAGGAUAGUGAAUGCCUAUAUUCCAAUCAGAAAGGGCACUUGCUUUAACUGCCAUGAAGAAGGGCAUGCAUGGCGAAAUUGUCCGCAAGAUCGGCACACGUUUUGUGACGAAUUCAAAAAACUUAUAAAAGACUGCUUGAAGAGGCACAGCAGUCGCAUCAGUAGCUCUGAAAGACCUCAAACGUUAGCGCAGGAAAAUCCAUCAAGUAUUCUGGAGCAGUUAGGGUAUUCAAGAGUUGCUGAGCAAACCAGUGAGCAGGAGGAGAUUUCUUCUUUACUCGUUAAGCUUAGUGGCGAUGCUAGACCGUUUACUAAAAUAAAUAUAAUGGGAAUAGGUUUGAUUGGUUUAUUAGAUAGUGGAGCAGCGCGUACGGUUCUAGGGAUUGGAGCAAAAAGAAUAAUUAAGGCGUUAAACCUGAAGAUAGAACCAUCGCCAGUUCAUUUGAAAACCGCGGCUGGGGAAGAUUUAGAAGUAGUGGGUUGUGCGGAAACACCGAUAACCUUUAACAACACUACAAAAAUUUUACCAGUCCUGAUUGCCCCAAAGUUAAACCGUAGAUGUGUCUUAGGAUACGACUUUUGGGAAAAAUUCGGAAUUAGACCCACAAUUCUGAAUGAAGCAAUAGAGGUUCUGGACAAUAAAGAUCUUGAGAGUUUGGAAAGGGAAGAUGAAGAGGUAGAAAUUACUGAAGAUCAAAGAAAAACGUUAGAAGAGGUAAAAAAGAUGUUCCUUGUAGCAGAAGCAGGCAAAUUGUCAAAGACUCAUUUAAUGGAGCACACAAUUGAAAUGAAGGAGGAAUUUAAACAGUCGGAACCGAUAAGAAAGAACCCUUAUCCGUGGAGUCCUGACAUUCAGAAGAAAAUUCACUUAGCUUUAGACAAUUUACUUCGAGACGGGAUAGUGGAACCAUCUUCUUCUGAAUGGGCACUUCCGGUAAUACCAGUAGCGAAGAGAGAUAGUCAAGAAGUCAGACUUUGCUUAGAUGCCAGAAAACUUAAUGAACGGACGAAAAGGGAUGCAUAUCCUUUACCGCAUCAAAACCGAAUAUUAAAUCAUCUAGGCCCAGUAAAAUAUCUAUCUACUAUCGAUCUUUCGCAAGCUUUUUUACAGGUUCCCCUGAAUGAAAAAUCGCGAAAAUAUACAGCAUUUUCGGUACCAGGUAGGGGACUGUUCCAAUUUACCCGCCUUCCUUUCGGGUUAGUAAACAGCCCCGCUACAUUGAGUAAAUUAAUGGAUCGUGUCUUAGGCUAUGGUGCAUUAGAGCCGGCGAUAUUUGUAUAUCUGGACGAUAUCGUUAUUGCGAGUCGAACAUUUGAAGAGCAUAUCGAAAAAUUGAGGGAUUUAGCAUUACGUUUACGAGAAGCAAACUUGAGCAUAAACAUCUCAAAAUCAAAAUUCUGCUGCCACGAAUUGCCGUACCUUGGGUAUAUUUUGUCACAAGAUGGGUUAAGGCCUAACCCAGAUCGCGUGCAAGCGAUCAUGGGAUUCCAGGCGCCCAAAUCAGUACGGCAACUUCGACGAUUCCUCGGUAUGGUGAACUAUUAUCGACGGUUCAUCGCGAAUUUUAGUCAAAUUACCGGCCCUCUUACUGAUCUAUUGAAAAAUAAGCCGAAGAGGGUACAGUGGAAUGCAGCAGCCGACAGUGCGUUUAAAAUAAUAAAGGAGAGGCUUAUUUCUGCUCCAGUAGUAGCCAAUCCCAAUUUCAAGCUUCCUUUCACGGUCCAAACGGAUGCGAGCGAUAAUGCCAUAGCAGGUAUUCUCACACAACUACAUAACGGCGAGGAAAAAGUUAUUGCCUACCAUUCAGAGAAGCUCAAAGGGGCAGAAUUAAAUUAUCAUGCCGCGGAAAAGGAAGGCCUGGCUGCCCUACGUUGCAUAGAAAAAUUUAGAGGGUACAUAGAAGGAACCAAAUUUACGCUGGUAACUGAUUCUGCAGCUUUAACCUUCAUCAUGAGAGCGAAAUGGCGUUCCUCUUCGAGAUUGAGUCGUUGGAGCAUAAUAUUGCAACAAUAUGACCUUGAAAUUCGACAUCGUAAAGGGAAGGAAAAUAUUGUCCCAGAUGCACUUUCUAGGUCCAUCGAAAGUCUGGAAAUAGAACCAGCAGAAGGCUGGUAUAACAAGCUUUUUGUCGGAGUUCGUGAAGAACCCGAAAAAUAUGUAUAUUUUAAAAUUGUUGAUGGAAAACUAUUUAAAUUCGUUGCUUCCAAAGCGGACACGAUGGACUACCAAUUGCAAUGGAAGUGUUGUGUCCCGGAAUCAUUAAGAACCAAAAUUCUCAAUGAAGAACAUGAUGGCAAUCUUCAUAUUGGGUAUGAAAAAUGCGUGGAGAAAGUUAAAAGGUUAUAUUACUGGCCACGGAUGGCUGCCGAUAUAAAAUACUACAUUGCUAAAUGCGAACCCUGUAAGGAGAAUAAACAUUCUACCAAAUCAACAACACCUGAGAUGGGCAAACAGCGAAUAGCAACCAAGCCCUUCCAAAUAAUUUGCAUGGACUAUAUCCAGUCUCUUCCACGUAGCAAGCAUGGCAACGCGCACUUGUUAGUCGUUAUGGACAUCUUUUCAAAGUACUGCCUGCUUGUUCCCGUGAAGAAGAUCUCGUCUAUAAGUCUGUGCAAAAUACUGGAAGAGCAGUGGUUGCGAAAGCUGUCCACCCCGCAAAUCAUUAUAACUGAUAACGCGACGACGUUCAUGUCACGAGAAUUUCAAAAUUUAAUGUGCAAACACGAAAUUCAGCAUUGGGCUAAUGCUCGGCAUAGGAGCCAAGCCAAUCCGGCUGAGCGACUUAACCGCACGAUAAAUUCAAUGAUACGCACUUAUGUUAGGGAAGACCAAAAGCUUUGGGACUCAAAAAUCUCGGAGAUAGAAUUUGUGCUCAAUAACACAAUUCAUUCCUCCACAAAAUUUAGCCCUCAUUGCGUACUAUUUGGUCAUGAGGCUGUGACGAAAGGUUCGCAGCAUAAAAUGGAAACGAAUGAGGAUGCGAGCGAAGAGGAGAGAAUGAAUCGUCGAAGAGCAGUCAGCAGAAAAAUCUACGACUUUGUCCGGGAACAACUAGCAAAAACCCACGAAGAGACCAAGAGACGGUAUGAUUUACGGCAUAAGCGUUACUCACCAUCGUUCGACAUAGGGCAGCGUGUGUACAAGCGUUGUUUUCGUCAAUCAUCGGCAGGAGAGCGUUUCAAUGCCAAGUUUGGGCCACAAUAUACCCCUUGUGUGAUCGUCCGUAAGAAGGGCACGAGUUCGUAUGAAGUAGCGGACUUACAGGGAAAAUCUUUAGGUAUUUUCUCUGCCGCUGACUUAAAAGCAUAA